GGCUUCCCCACCCCUUGUACUCUACACCCUGCAGCGGGCGAGCGGCGCGGCCACGGAGGCGCCGAGGAGGGGCGAGCCGCCGCCCGGCGGCGGUGUCCCUUCGGGGGAGAGGUCGGCUGAGAAGAGGCGGCGGCGCGGCGCGGAAGGCGCGACGCGCGAUGGCAGCUGCUUAGCCCGGCGCGCACGGAGCAGCCCCGAGCUGUGGCUGGUCAGACAGUGCGGCUGGUCCGGGGGCGCCGCCGCCGCUGCAGCCGGGCCGGGAGACAUGAGCACGGAGGCGGGCGAGGGCAUCACUUUCUCCGUGCCACCUUUUGCCACCUUGGGCCCCUGUGCCUUCGCUGAAGGCGGCAGCUGCCGGAGGGGAGGAGUGGCAGCCGAGGGCGAGGACAACCAGCUACCACCGCCGCCACCGGGCAGCUUCUGGAACGUGGAGAAUGCCGCCGCCCCUGGCACCGGGUGUCCCGCUGCCACCUCCGGGAGCAGCGCCACCCGGUGCCGGGGCAACUCUGGUGGCGGAGGCGGCCGACGGACCACAGUGGCAUAUGUGAUCAAUGAAGCGAGCCAGGGGCAGUUGGUGGUGGCCGAGAGCGAGGCCCUGCAGAGCCUGCGAGAGGCGUGCGAAACGGUGGGCGCCACCCUGGAGACCCUACAUUUUGGUAAACUGGACUUUGGGGAGACCACGGUGCUGGACCGUUUUUACAAUGCAGAUAUUGCUGUGGUGGAGAUGAGUGAUGCCUUCCGGCAGCCAUCCUUGUUUUACCACCUUGGAGUGAGAGAAAGUUUCAGCAUGGCCAACAACAUCAUCCUCUACUGUGACACUAAUUCAAACUCUCUGCAGUCACUGAAGGAAAUCAUUUGCCAGAAGAAUACUAUGUGCACUGGGAACUACACGUUCAUUCCUUACAUGGUAACUCCACAUAACAAGGUCUACUGCUGUGACAGCAGCUUCUUGAAGGGGCUGACAGAGCUCAUGCAACCGAACUUUGAGCUGCUUCUGGGACCCAUAUGCUUACCUCUUGUGGAUCGUUUCAUUCAACUUCUGAAGGUGGCACAAGCAAGUUGCAGCCAGUAUUUCCGGGAAUCUAUACUCAAUGACAUCAGGAAAGCUCGUAAUUUAUACACUGGUAAAGAAUUGGCAGCUGAAUUGGCAAGAAUUCGGCAGCGAGUAGAUAAUACUGAGGUCUUGACAGCAGAUAUUGUCAUAAAUCUGUUACUUUCCUACAGAGAUAUCCAGGACUAUGAUUCUAUUGUGAAGCUGGUAGAGACUUUAGAAAAGCUGCCGACCUUUGAUUUGGCCUCCCAUGAUCAUGUGAAGUUUCAUUAUGCAUUUGCACUGAAUAGGAGAAAUCUCCCUGGAGAUAGAGCCAAAGCUCUUGAUAUUAUGCUUCCCCUGGUGCAAAGUGAAGGACAAGUUGCUUCAGAUAUGUAUUGCCUAGUUGGUCGAAUCUACAAAGAUAUGUUUUUGGACUCGAAUUUCAUGGACACUGAAAGUAGAGACCAUGGAGCUUUUUGGUUCAGAAAGGCAUUUGAAAGUGAGCCAACGCUACAGUCAGGGAUUAAUUAUGCUGUCCUUCUCCUGGCAUCCGGACACCAGUUUGAAUCUUCCUUUGAGCUCCGGAAAGUUGGGGUGAAGCUUAGUAGCCUUCUUGGUAAAAAGGGAAAUUUGGAAAAACUCCAGAGCUGGGAAGUUGGAUUUUUUCUGGGGGCCAGCGUUCUGGCCAAUGACCACUUAAGAGUCAUUCAAGCAUCUGAAAAGCUGUUUAAGCUGAAGACACCAGCAUGGUACCUCAAGUCUAUUGUAGAGACAAUUUUGAUAUAUAAGCAUUUUGUGAAGCUGCCUACAGAACAGCCUGUGGCCAAACAGGAACUCGUGGACUUCUGGAUGGAUUUCCUGGUCGAGGCCACAAAGACAGAUGUCACUGUAGUUAGGUUCCCAGUAUUAAUAUUAGAACCAACCAAAAUCUAUCAACCUUCAUAUUUGUCUAUCAACAAUGAAGUUGAGGAAAAGACAAUAUCUAUUUGGCACGUGCUUCCUGAUGACACGAAAGGUAUACAUGAAUGGAAUUUUAGUGCUACUUCUAUCAGGGGAGUGAGUAUUUCUAAAUUUGAAGAACGCUGCUGUUUUCUUUAUGUGCUUCACAAUUCUGACGAUUUUCAAAUCUAUUUCUGUACAGAACUUCACUGUAAAAAGUUUUUUGAAAUGGUGAACACCAUUACCGAAGAGAAGGGGAGAGGCACCGAGGAAGGGGAAUGUGAAAGUGACUCCCUGGAGUAUGACUAUGAACACGAUGAAAAUGGUGACAGAGUCGUUUUAGGAAAAGGCACCUAUGGGAUAGUCUAUGCAGGUCGGGACCUGAGCAACCAAGUCCGAAUUGCUAUUAAGGAAAUCCCAGAGAGAGACAGCAGAUACUCCCAGCCCCUACAUGAAGAAAUAGCAUUGCAUAAGCAUCUGAAGCACAAAAAUAUUGUCCAGUAUCUGGGCUCUUUCAGUGAGAAUGGUUUCAUAAAAAUCUUCAUGGAGCAGGUUCCAGGAGGAAGUCUUUCUGCUCUCCUUCGUUCCAAAUGGGGUCCAUUGAAAGACAAUGAGCAAACAAUUGGAUUUUAUACAAAGCAAAUACUCGAAGGAUUAAAAUACCUCCACGACAAUCAGAUAGUUCACCGAGAUAUAAAGGGUGACAAUGUGUUGAUUAAUACCUAUAGUGGUGUUCUCAAGAUCUCUGACUUCGGGACGUCAAAGAGGCUUGCUGGCAUAAACCCGUGUACUGAAACUUUUACUGGUGUGAAAACUCAUUCAUCAUGUUCCUCCCCCCUCUCACGACAAGCAGAGUAUCUGAGGAGCAUAUCCUUGCCAGUGCCCGUCCUGGUGGAAGAUACGAGCAGCAGCAGUGAGUACGGCUCAGUUUCCCCCGACACAGAGUUAAAGGUGGACCCCUUUUCUUUCAAAACAAGACCCAAAUCCUGCGGAGAAAAAGACGUAAAAGGAAUACGGACCCUGUUUUUGGGCAUUCCAGAUGAAAACUUUGAAGAUCAUAGCGCUCCACCUUCCCCUGAGGAAAAAGACUCUGGGUUCUUUAUGCUGAAGAAGGACAGUGAAAGACGGGCCACCCUUCACAGGAUCCUCACGGAAGACCAAGACAAAGUUGUGAGAAACUUAAUGGAAUCUUUGGCUCAGGUAAAACCUCUCAUGGAUACUUCAUUUCCCAGAGUUUAUAUAUUUGAACUGUCUCAAAUUCACCAGGACAAGCCUGAAUCAAUGCACAGAAAUCCAUCUUUAGUUUUGGAAAAUCAGUUUGGAAUGCAUACCUUAUUGAUAGCAGGGGAGAUGACAUUCGUGUCUUACGAAAUGAAGGCAGUCAGUCGUAUUUUAUUGACACUGUCAUUGCUAUUGUGCCUGACAGAACUAAGGCCACAUUUUAGCCUUGCAUCUGAGAGUGACACUGCAGACCAAGAAGACUUGGAGGCAGAAGAUGACCAUGAGGAACAGCCUCCCAAUCAAAAUGUCCGAAGACCUCAGGUCAUCAUCGAAGAUACUGUGGCUACCUCAGGGGUGAGCACGCUCAGUUCAACGGUGUCCCACGAUUCGCAGGGUGCUAACCGAUCAUUGCAUGUACAGCUCGGGAGAUUGAAAAUAGAAACCAACAAAUUACUGGAAGAAUUGGUUCAGAAAGAGAAAGAAUUACAAGCACUCCUUCAUCAAGCUAUUGAAGAAAAAGACCACGAAAUUAAACAUCUGAAGCUUAAGUCCCAAUCAAUAGAUAUUCCUGGAUUGCCUGUGUAUCACUUAACUUCUCCUGGCACAAAUAUUGAAGAUCCUGAACUUAUUGACUGGCUGAGAGAAAAUGGAGCUGAUGAAGACACUAUAAGUCGGUUUUUGGCUGAGGAUUAUUCACUAGAGGAUAUUCUCUACUUUGUUACACGUGACGACUUAAAAUGCCUGAGACUAAGGGGAGGGAUGCUCUGCACACUGUGGAAGGCCAUCACUGACUUUCGGGACAAACGGACUUGACUGUCGCUCAAUUUGUUUCCAGCCUUCCAUGGAGAUUCUAAAAAAUUAACACAGAACUGAUCUUUCUUAAGGGAGGGAGAAUCAAAGGGAGAGGAGAAAGAAGCUGCACUUUAAAUCCAGUAUUUGUUUACUUGUGUUAAAAAAACAAAACAAAACAAAAAAACACACAAAAUACACUGAAAUUUCCUAACUGCUUCUAUUUCUAUAAUUCGUAAGGACUCUUCAUAUGGACUCUCAAAAUAAUCCUAAACAUUAGGACAUUAGGAUGUUUAGGAUUAUUUUAGUCUAAACAUUUUUAUGGAAAUAUUUUGAACUCAGCAGCUAUUGUACUUCAGCCAAAUGUUUAUUUCACACGAAACGGAUAUAACAUUUCAUGUGAUUGUGCAUCACUGGAACAAACUAAAAUGUGACCAUAACUUUUUAGGCUUAUGUGUAUUUGUAAUAUGCUCUAAUAAUCUGAGUAGAAAUGCAUAAUUUCAAUUAUUGUAUAAAGUUUAUGUUUUUUUUAAGUAUGCAGAAUCUGAGAGCAAUGGUUUUUACUUACUUAUCUGUAUUGUUAUAUUGACUAUAUUUUGUAACUUAAGUUUCUGGCCUAUAGUACAUUUGUUUGAGUUAUGUUUGUACUACUGAACUGUACCAGUUGCACAUGCCCGAAUCAUAGUAAUGUUAGCUUGUUCUAAAGCUAUCCAUUGUGUCAUACUUACUCUAAAAAGUAAAAAGACUGUCAGCAUUACUGUUUUGAUAAAUUCUAAAGUAUUCUUAUUUUGUUUUGCUUAACUAGAUAAACUACUGUGUCAAAUUUCUAAUUGUUUCUUCAGCUAUAACAUUAAAAAUACAAUCUGUCUUCUA